AUGGAGGAGACGAAGCGUCUCUCGGACCCCUCCGCGCCUUCGCAGUACGGCAGCGUGCCGGCACUGGGGGCGUGCGCAGCGAAGGAUCUCGAGUCUCAGACGCUGCUUUCGCCGCAGGAGCAGACGCGGUUCUACGUGCAGCUGGGAGGUCUCUUGUUCCUCUGGUACGCGCUGAACGUGAUGUACAACCUGGACAACAAACUGGCGCUGAUUAUGCUCCCGCUGCCCUGGAUGGUCUCGACUUUCCAGCUGUUUUUCGGCUGGAUCUUCUUCUGCUUCGCUUGGGCGACGGGUUUGCGACCUGUGCCGCGAUUCCACAGCCCCGGGCUCUUCUUCACCCGCAUCGCCCCCCAGGGCGUGUGUCACUUCUUCGUGCACAUUGGCGCCGUGAUUUCCAUGGGCUGCGGCGCCGUGAGUUUCACGCACAUCGUGAAGGCCUCGGAGCCGGUGCUCACGGCCCUGCUGUCGGGCGUCUUUCUGCACCAGGUUUUCAGCUGGCAAACGUACCUCUCCCUGGUUCCGAUCGUCGCGGGCGUCGUCAUGGCCUCAGUCACAGAGCUCUCCUUCACGUGGAUGGCGCUCGGCUGCGCGCUGGUCAGCGCCCUCGGGAGCUCGUCGCGUGCAGUCUUUGCGAAGCGCGCGAUGGCUAACCGGAAGCUCGUCGGCGAGAACUUGUCGUCCGCCAACAUGUACGCGCUCCUGACAAUCGUCGCCUCGCUCGUCUCCCUCCCUCUCGCGCUCAUUGCAGAAGGCUCUCAAGUCGCCAGCGUCUGGGCGGCGGCAACGAACCCCGACGGCCCCUGGACGCGCACGCAGAUCCUCACGAAAAUGUGCUUCUCGGGUUUCUGGUAUUACAUGUAUAACGAAGUCGCCUACCUCUGUCUGGAAAAAGUCAACCAAGUGACGCACGCAGUGGCUAACACGCUCAAGCGCGUCGUCAUCAUCGUCGCCUCAGUCAUCUUCUUCCAAACGCCCGUCACCCCCCUGGGCGCCGCCGGCUCUGUCGUCGCGAUCGCCGGCACGCUGCUGUACUCCCUCUCGAAAACCAAGUACGGCUAA